AUGAAUCCACCGCGAGGUGGACGUGCACCAUCUCGCUUUGUGCGCGGACGAGCCCGUGGCGGAGGUGGCUAUCGUCCGUACUUCUACUUCCGACGAAAUGGCCGUGUUAUACCUGCAGGCGGUAAUGGUCGGCCGACAUCAGGACAGGACCCGGCUGCAGAUUCUGCAACUGUAACUGCAACGGUGACUGCAAGACCUAGAGGCUGGAAUAAUUCCCGCUCCGGUGGCAAUGCACGAGGCAAGCGUGCAUCAAAUGCUGUUGAUUGUAGUUUUUUGCGUCCGGAAUACUAUGUUGCUCCUGAGGAUGCGCAGCAGGUGCGCAGUCUACUCGUGGACAAUCCCAGGGCAUAUCCAGGCUGGCGCUUGUACUUCCUGCGCGACGAAUACGUUGCGGACAGUGAGCUGGCGAAACGCAUUAUCGCCGUGGAGGCGCACUUCCAACGUAACCCGGACGAUUAUUCUAUUGCAAAGAUCCGUCAAUGUGGAUUUUUCAAAUUGUCGGCAAGCUGCAUUCAGAACGAUGAGCAACUGCAAUUGGUGUGGCCAACGCUGUCCGAGGACAUGUGUAGCAAGCCACUGCGCACCUUGUCCAUCAUCGGGCUGGCCAUGCACACGGUUGUCGUCAACGAUAGUCUGGAUGCAGCUGACGAGGCGGCGACCAGUGUUUUACCCGUUGUCUCCACUAAAGAUAAAUAUGUGCCCCUCAAUGAGCCCACGCAAAAGAUCUACGUGCGUCCCGAGGGCUUUGUGGCCGUGGAGCUGGUGAACAGCAUUACCCAGGUCCGGGUGGACAGCCUGUUUGCUGUGCGCGGCAUUGUGAGCAGCGUGGGUGAACCCACGUACAGCCUGGCAUGGCAUGCCUUCCGCUGCACUCGCUGCCAGACGGAACAGGCGCUGCGACAGCGCGGCAACUUCACGCCGCGUCCUUAUCACUGUCUGAAGCCACGAUGCGGCGCUAAGGAUAAUUUUCUAGCGCUACGCAGCUCGCCGUAUACUCGACUCUUGGUGCGCCAGAUCAUACGUCUGGAGGAGUCCAGUCUGUCGCUGCUGACCGACUACGACAGCACACUGCCUGGUGAACUAGAUAUUGAGCUGCGACAUGAUCUGAUCGAUGCUGUGCACGUCGGACAGGAAAUCGUUGUUACGGGCGUCUUAAAGCUUCGGGAACUCUGUGAUAGCACAGGAGCAUCAGUUGCUGGUGGGGAUCUGCAGGCUUACUUGCGUGCUUGUAGCCUGCAGGACGCGCGUCACGUGAAUCGGGAAUUCAGCAAAUUUGAUCUGGAGGCCAUUGCUAUGAUCAAUUCGGAACCCAAUAGCUUCAAGCUCCUGGUGCAAUCAUUGGCACCGGAGGUCCAUGGCCAUGAGCUGGCCAAGGCUGCCUGCUUGCUGUCACUGCUGGGCGGCACAAAUGAAAGCUCCAUCAAUGUGCUACUCGUUGGCGAUCCCGGCAUUGGCAAAUCCACAAUGCUCCAAAACUGCGCACAGACAACGGAACGUGGCGCCUACAUCAAUGGUAAACGUGGCAUCCAAGCGACCAAUCAAUUGGGCAUCACAUUCAGUGGACGCAAUAAGCGUGUCAUGGAUGCAGGUGCUCUGCUUUUGGCCAACAGUACGGGCCAUUGCCUUGUGGAUGGUGUGGACAAGUUGGCCUCCAAGCAGACACUCCUCUUGCAGUGCAUGCAAGGUGGACAACUGAACCUGCCACUGCCAGGAUCCUUUGCCUCCUUUAGCACUCAACCCUCGAUAAUUGCGUGCGCCAAUCCGCAACGUGGACAAUACGAUCAGGCGCGUUAUUUGCUUCAAAACAUACGCAUCACACCGGCAUUGCUCAAGGAAUUCCAUUUGGUCUAUGUGCUGCUGGACAAGCCUUCAGCCACUCGUGAUGUCUCCCUGACGGAGCAUGUGCGUGCCCUCCAUGCUGGCUCUAAAAAACGAGCCCAGAUUGCAGCUCGCUUUGCUCUCAAGGCCAAGAAAAAUGACUCAGUCUGCGAGGAAACCGUCAAUAAGAGUCUCCCAUCAGUGGAUGAAAGGGAUAGCAUUAUGGAGCAGGAUUAUGACUUGGACAAGCGAUUGGAGCACAAUCCAUUAAAGUCAGAGGAACUGGAUCUGCUGCCUCCCAUAUUAAUUAAGAAAUUCAUUGCCUAUGCCCGUCAAAAUGUGAAACCAGAACUAAACAAUGAUGCCGCCAAUGAGAUCAAGUGGCAUUUCCUGGAGCUGUGUCGUCGCAGCGAGGCGGAGCACGAGCAGAGCCAGAUUGGAUUGGGACAAUUGCUUGGCUUAAUUAGCCUGUCGGAGGCACGUGCCCGCCUGGAUUUGUCCAGCGUUGUGACGCCGCUGCACGUGCGCGAUGUGAUUGCUGUGCUUACUGAGAGCAUAGCCCAGACCCGUCUUGGCGCUGGCCAUGCAGAUGCCCCGAGCAGUUCCGGCAAGAGCUCGCAGCUCCAGAGUUUUGUUAAAUUGAUGCAAAUGCGAUCGGCUGCUUUGGGCCGUCGCAUCUUUGAGUACGAGGAGCUCAAGGAGAUAGGAACGCGAGCGGGAAUCAUGACGGGCAUCGCGAAGCUGGUCGAAAUUGCUAACAUGGGCGGCUAUUUGCUUAAGAAGGGUGUAAACAUGUACGAAGUUGUUCCAGACUGAGCAAAUUGAUUUGCAAAUAUUUGACCAAAGCUCGCGGUAAAAGUAAUGCAUUGACUUUUGCCCAGUUAUACAGUGCUUUCAAAUCAGUUCAGGCUUUAAACAGCUCAAAAUUUAGUUAAAAACUACACCUUCUGUUACCACUAUAUAAAUAUUUACAAAAUAAUCGCUUUGAAAACAAUCACGUAUACACGGUUUACUUUCUUACGUAGUUCGAGGGCCGUAUUAAGAGAAUGAAAUUGAUCAUCAAGAUAUUAAGCAGUUAAGAAAAUUUAAAUCCGCGAACCAAGCCUGCCAACCCGUUUUUUCUGCGACAUGACGAUUAAAACAAGUUGGCUGCACUGCUACAACAUUUGUAAAUCGCAAUUUCAGCUAUUUUUCGGAUCCUUUCCAGCCAGAAACUGCUUAAAGCUGGGUAAAUGGUAAAUCCUGGCGUUUAUAAAUACAAUAAAGUAAUAUUAUAAUAAUCAUGUAAAAUAAAUUUAAUUAAACUAUU